CGUCCGGGGUCCGUUCCUGCCGCCGCCGCCGAGCGCGGCGCGGGGCCCAUGGAGCCGCGGCCGUGAGGCGCCCCCGGCCCGGGCCCGCUGCGGGAGCCGGGCGGAGGCCGGAGCCGGGUGCCGCCGGAGCCGGAGGAGAUGGACAAACUGACCAUCAUCUCAGGAUGCCUCUUCCUGGCUGCCGACAUCUUCGCCAUCGCCAGCCUGGCGAACCCGGACUGGAUCAACACCGGCGAGUCCGCGGGUGCUCUCACAGUUGGCCUUGUGCGACAGUGUCAAACCAUCCAUGGACGUGACAGGACCUGUAUUCCUCCACGGCUGCCUCCCGAGUGGGUCACUACGUUAUUUUUCAUCAUAAUGGGAAUCAUUUCACUAACUGUCACAUGUGGCUUGCUGGUGGCUUCCCACUGGCGAAGAGAAGCUACUAAAUAUGCCCGCUGGAUAGCUUUCACUGGAAUGAUUCUAUUCUGUAUGGCAGCCCUAAUAUUUCCAAUAGGAUUUUACAUCAAUGAAGUUGGAGGUCAACCCUAUAAAUUACCCAAUAACACAGUGGUUGGGUCUUCGUAUGUACUAUUUGUCUUAUCCAUUUUCUUUACAAUAGUGGGACUUCUAUUUGCUGGCAAAGUUUGUUUACCUGGCUGAUGAAUGUCUGGACUGCAGGACUUUAUUUUGGAAAAGAGCAAGACAUCAGAAUUGCAUUCUCAGGAGGAUGCCUAAAUCAGACUAUCAAACACUGACUGAAAAGAGGAAUGCUUUGACUUGUUCUCACUAUGCACUUUGGAUGAAAAAAAGGAGAGCCUUUCCCAUAACCAAAUACAGACCACGUUGACUAAUCUCCUGAGCAUACUUCAAUGCAGUCAGGUCUGCACUGUGAUAGGAACUAGUGAAGAAUGCUUUACACUGACAAGCAUAACGCCCCACAUUACUGGACUGUUCUGUUUUUAAUGUCUAACAAUUUGGAAGUCAAAGUAUUUAUGAACUUUGUGGUGGACCAGAGGGUUGUGGAGGAACUCAAGUGAGGCUGGCCUCGCUGUUUAGGAGAUUAGUUUUACAUCUUCCUUCUGAUGAGCAAAGCCUUUGGCACCAAUGUGGAUCAAUCUUGCAUUACUGCACCAAGAAGCCAAUAGAUCAAAACAUGUUCUCUCAAUGUAUGUAACAGCAAAAAGACAUACAUCCCCCUGCUCCCCCAUAACCUCUAGGAAACACUAAGGAACAUUUUAGAGGGGGAUUUCGUCCUUAUAUUUAUAUAAAUAUAUAUAUAAAUAUAUAUAUAUUUUGCUGAUGCAGUAUACAGUGUGUGUGUAUGUGUGUGUGUGUGUAUAUACACAUAUGUAUAUAUAUAUGUAUAUACACACAGAUGAUUCCUGGAAAAGAACUCAGAAUGCUUUGCUAGCAAAACACUGUGGUGUGCAAAACUAGAACUCAAUAGAAAAAAGCCAUUUUUCUGAAGGCCACAUAGCUGAGAGUCUUCAGUUUACCUCAUUCUUUGUAGCAGCCCUUGAUUUUAACAGUUUUUUGUAAUAGGUACAAACGAUCCCAUGCCUUUCUAGGUGCAAUUUUAAGUUAAGCUAAAAUUCUUUUUAUGGUAAUUUAUUUGUAUAUGAGGGUAGAAGGUGAGAUCAUGUCAUACCUUAAAAUCCUAAUUUUGGGAAACUGACACUAUUUAAAUUAUUAGCAACUGUUGUACAGAAAAAUCUCUUUUUUCUACUUCAUUGUUACAUUAGCAUUCAUACAUGUUCAAGCACAGCAUUUUACCAUAGGUAAGCAUUCCUUUUAGCACAUAUAAAAUGCAAUGUUUAAAGUAAUGCAAACACUAUCCCACUGCAAAGAUGGAUGAACUUAUUUCAGCUGAGUAUUAAUUCAUCUUUGCCAAAAAAAUGAGCAAUAUAAUAGUUUAAAAUGUAUGCCUUGUUUACUAAAGUUAUUAUUUUAAAUGUAGAUUUAAUGGCCACCAAAAUUUGGAGUAAAUAUUCCGCACUAAAUGUAGUUUUAUUUUUCACCACAAAGAUAAACCAUUGAAUCCACAGACAUCUUAAUUCACUACUAGGUUGGUGUUCCAGGGAAGCUGCCUGCACUAUCAGUAUUUGUUUUCCUGUUAAUCAUAGUUUGCCUGAGAUUCAUUCUGAAAACAAAAAAAAAUUAUCUGUUUUGAGCACUGUUUCACUGAACUUACUAGAGGAACUGCAUUAAUCUAUAGACAGUCAUUUUAGGAUGAGAUUUAUGUUAAAAUAAAAUCAGCAGUUUCCAAAGUAAUCGCUUACCAGAUAAGCUGGAGUCUUUAAAAAUAACACAGUUUGCACAAUUAUUUUAAACUCUGUGCCAUUCAGACCAUUGUGGGUUCCUGCCUUUCUCCAUUUCUUCCCUCUCCCCCACCCAAGGUAUUUUAGUACAAAAAUGUAAUUUGUUAAUGUCUAUUUUCUUUUAAAAUUUUUGACCAAACUUGCCACUGGAAUGGUUUCUAAGUAUUUUUUUUUUCCAGUCAGCUCAUUCACAAGCAGAAUGGAGUGUUUAUGGAUCACUAAAUUUUUCCAAAGUGUGCUAAUCUGUAAAUACAGCCAAGCACUUACUUGGAAGUCAUGGUUUAAUAAUUAUAAUUUGGUUCCUAAUUUAGGCCUUCAUCUGCAUGGGCAGUCUGAGGCUCCUAGUGAUAGUGGUGGAGGUAGAAGGCAGGGUUCAGCUGCUUGAUAUGUUUCAAAAUUCUGGUGUUAUCACUACUGUGUCCUAAGAUAAAGUAUUCACUAAAACUUGGAUUAUAAAUUAUCCUUUCAGAAAUGUUACACUUGUAAAUAGUUCAAGAUUUUUGUGACUGGAACACAGCUGGGGGGUGGGGAGAGUUUCUAAGCUGCUAAAAUUUCUUUCCCUUCCCGCCCCUCCAACUUACUUAUUUCAGUUAUUGUAACAUCAUGUGGAUUUAGGCUUUGAUUAAAUGGAUCAUAAUAAUAAUUAAAAAAAAAAAAAAAAAAAAAA